GGUGUGGCGCGGCGCUUCCUUUCCUGCGCUCCCAUCGAAAUUGGCGAAAGAUGGGCAUCGAUAUUUGUCAUAAGCACGAGCGUAAGAGUCGGCGCACUGAGCCCAAGUCUCAGGAUGUCUACCUGCGUUUGCUGGUCAAGCUGUACCGGUUCUUGGCGCGCCGCACCGGCUCCAAGUUCAACCGGAUCAUCCUGCGCCGCCUGUUCAUGAGCAAGCUGCACCGGCCGCCCAUGUCGCUGGCGCGCAUCAUCCGGUUCAUGAACCAGCCGGAGCGCAAGGACCGCAUCGUCGUCGUGGUCGGCACCGUGACCAACGACGUGCGCAUCUUCAAGAUCCCCAAGAUGACUAUCUGCGCACUGCGCGUGACUGAGCAGGCGCGCGCGCGCAUUCUGAAGGCCGGCGGCGAGAUCAUCACGUUCGACCAGCUGGCGCUGCGUGCGCCCACCGGCAAGAACACGGUGCUGAUGCAGGGUCGCCGCACGGCGCGUGAGGCCAACAGGCACUUCGGCCUGGCCCCGGGCAUGCCGCACAGCCACACCAAGCCUUACGUGCGCAGCAAGGGUCGCAAGUUCGAGCGGGCGCGUGGUCGCCGCUCGUCGUGCGGCUACAAGAAGUAGGCGAUCGCAGUGGACGUUCAAUACAUGGGAUCCGAGCGACGCGC